AUGCGCUGGCCCCAUUGGCCUUGGUUUCUCAUUCUGACUCUCCAAUCGUUGACACUAUCGUGGCGCACCUACAUACCUAUCUAUUACCCCAAAAAAAAAAAAAAAAAAAAAAAACAUGCCCCCAAAACAUACCGGCCAAAACACUACCGAUGGCCCGAAAUCCAACUCAACGUUUGGAUCCUCACUGUGCUCGCCUCCUCGGCCAUCUGUCUCGGGAUCUUCGCUUGGUUUAUUGAUGUCCAGUCGAACCUAGAUUUAGGUAUCCCAUGGCUAUUCCCAUUCAUGGUCGUCUCCGGUAGCCUCGGCAUCUUCUUCAUUGUCUUCGUGCUCGUGCUCGCCGCGCAGGGAUUUCUCCUCCCCGGAAUCAUCAUCCUGGGCAGCUUCAUCCUCUUCGUCCUCUGGUUAACAGGGCUCAUUGAAACGUCCUUGCAAAUGUAUGGCGUCGCCGCCAACGUCAACGAUAACUGCCAGAUCUGGGUUUACGAUAAUAAGAUCGGCGGCGAUAAUAUUAAUACAAUGGCUUGGAUUGCGCAGAAUAAUAUAUGUAACUGCUGGCGAACAGCCUUUGCUUUUGAACUGGUGAAUACAGUGUUCUUCUUCUGGAUGAUAAUUUUAGCUUGGAAGGUGCAUCAGGAUGUGAAUCAUUGA